AUGAACGUCAAUAUCCUUGCCCACAAGGUGCUAAUCAAGAUUAUGGAGCCUAUCUCGGUAAUCAUGGAGAAGGAGUUCAUUCCUCCUCGAGAAUCUGAGUCUCAGUUCGAUUCGAGCAUUUGGAGAGAGUGCCUACAAAUGCUUCUCAAACUGCUCUCUUCAGAACAGCUCAUGAUUGAAGAAUUCAGCCCGCAGAAACGCCGUGCCGUUUGGCGCCUCGCGGGUGAUAUUCGAGGUGAAGGGGCCACGAUCCUGUUGAAUCUAUGGCAAGCUCUAGGUUCUUCCGAGCAUAUGUCUACAAACGGCGAGCCGGCCCUGCGAUAUGGAGGAUACCAGGUUUACCUCCAUUCGCUCGUCGGCCACGUCGUGAAUCUGUGCUUAAGCCACCACGAUCAGCUCCGAAACAAUGCUGUUCAGAUUCUUUACAGCAUGAUAGUCUCCGAGUAUCAUCAGUCCGAGCAUUUCGACGAGAUUGAGAAUGAGCUAGUUACGAGGCUUGACUCCCUCUUCAUGUCGGACAGCAAGGGGGAUGACAUCUCGAGGGCCUUCUUCAUCGGGCAGCUGCGACAUCUCUUUGAUACGUCCGAUGUGGACGAACAAUUACGCGAUCAGGUGUCCAAUUUCUUGGAUUCGGUGGAUCUCUUCCUCGAACUGUUGUUGAGUGUGCGAGCUUUGCCGGAAGGCGAAGAAUACGCCGACGAUAGAGUCAUCGCAACAUUGAGACUGAUGAAUUUCAUCCGACGCAUUGGUCGAGAUGAAAUAUACAUCAAAUAUGUACAUCAACUCGUGAAUAUGCACCUUCAGUCUCAAAACUAUGUUGAAGCUGCGUUGACCCUCAAGCUUCACUCCGACCUACAUGAGUGGGAUCUCAACUCGUUUGUCGGCCCAAUGGAGGAUCUUGGAUUACCCCAACAGUCCCACUUCCACCGAAAGGAGACGCUAUGCCUUUUAAUUCUUGAUUAUCUUGGAAAAGGCAAGGCUUGGGAAAAUGCGAUUGAAAUCUGUAAAGAGUUGGCGUAUCAGCACGCAGAAGUCACAUUCAACUAUGGCCGUCUCUCAGAAAUUCUUCGUCAUCAAGCCACUUUGCUGGAGCAUAUUGUGACAGACCAACGAUAUUAUCCAGAUUACUACAGAGUCACCUUCUAUGGCAACUUCCCCGCAGCCUUAAGAGACAAACGCUUUAUUUACCGUGGCUAUGAAUGGGAAAAAUUCGGAGCCUUCUGCGAGCGCAUGCUUAACAAGCAUCCAGGCGCCCAACUGCUUCGAGCAACUGGUGAUCCGCCUGUCGAUAUCCGCUUUGGGAAUGACCAGUACAUCCAAUGCACCGCCGUCACACCGGAGCCCAACCGCUCUCUUCCAGUCUUCGAAAAUCCUGACGUCCCUUUGGCAGUUCGCACUUACUACGAGCACAGUGCCAUCAAUCUCUUUUCCUCGUCCCGGCAGAUCCGGAAGACCACUCGCGAUGGGACAGAAGAAACAUGGACCGAGAAGACUUACUACACAACAGAGGAAGCCUUUCCGACCGUACUUCGACGAUCCGAAGUCGUCAAUGUGGAAAUUAUCGAGAUCUCUCCACUUGAGAAUGCUCUCCAGGAAAUUGAAGAGAAGACAAAAGAACUGGGUGGGCUUCAUUUGAAGUACCAAGCGCUCGCCAAGACCGCGCAGGAAGUAUCUACUAAUGCUCUAGCGAUGAGUUUGAACAGCGCGGUCGAUGCGCCGCUCAAUACUGGAAUUGGCUCUUAUCGCCAGAUCUUCUUCAGCCCAGACUAUGUUGCACGACAUCCAGAGAGAGCCGAACUUGUGGAGAAGCUUCGGGCUGCCAUUGACGAGCAGGUUCGUAUCAUCGACAGUUGUCUCAAAUUGCAUGGACUUCUAUGUCCACCUGAAUUCAUUCCGUUCCACGAGACGUUGGAAAAGUUCUUCAGGAAAAACUUCCGUGACGAAAUCCGGCGGCUGGUAGUAGACUCCGACUCGUUGACUGUCUCCACCUCAUCUCGAUCACAGAACAUGGCAUCAUCUUCCUCGCAUUACCCCAAAUCCUCGUACGAGCAGUCUGUGAAGCCAAGCGUCUCUUCGUCAUCGACAGCUCGCUUCGUCAUUCCUCCGAUCCAGGUCGGGCGAUCUCUAGCAAUGACCCCGCCCUUAGAGUCUCCUGUAAGCCCCGGAGCGAGCAUCUCCGGCAAUCAUCCCCCAGCAUCGUCCAAGCAGACACCCCUCCAGCGGCAUUUGGCCCACCUGGCAAGACACGGAAUCAACGGGGUGUCAUCUGCACCAGGCGAUAUCGCCGGAAGCGACUCCCUAUCCACGGAGUCUCCACACAAUUCGUUCGUCAACGUCGGGAACGGGACUCCAGCUGCACAAAUAUCAGGUGCUUCAGUGGCCCCGUCUUACAUGGGUAGCGUGGGGUCAUUUGGAUCACUCAAAGGGCGCUUCUCUCGCUUCGGAAGUCUGAGUUUUGGUCGAAGAGGUGGAAACAACUCAUGA